UGGAGGUGGGCGGAAGCUUGGGGCCCCGGGUCCCGCGGGUCCCAGGCAUCUCCUUCUUGGAUCCGGAACGUGGACCCCCGGGGGACCAUGGCGAAAGGGACGGGGCAGCCCCUAGAUGUGGCUUCAUGGAUGAGCUGGUGCAUGAUUUGGCCUCGGCCUUAGAGCAAACAUCUGAGCAAAAUAAGCUAGAUGAGUUGUGGGAGGAGAUGGCUCUGAGCCCUCGACAGCAAAGACGACAACUUCGAAAACGGAGGGGUCGGAAGCGGCGUUCUGACUUCACCCACUUAGCUGAGCAUACUUGCUGCUAUAGUGAGGCCUCUGAGUCUAGCUUGGAUGAGGCUCUGAAAGACUGUCGGGAAGUGGCUGCAGUCACCAACUUCAGUGACUCUGAUGAUACAAUGGUGGCCAAGCGACAUCCAGCUCUCAAUGCCACCUUAAAGAGUAAGCAGCACUCCUGGCAUGAGUCAGACUCCUUUACUGAGAAUGCACCCUGUAGACCGCUGAGGCGGAGGAGGAAGGUGAAGAGAGUGACCUCAGAAGUGGCUGCUAGCCUCCAACAAAAACUCAAGGUGUCAGAUUGGAGCUACGAGAGAGGUUGCAGGUUCAAAUCGGCCAAGAAGCAACGGCUGUCACGUUGGAAGGAGAAUGCUCCCUGGACUUCAUCAGGCCAUGGGUUGUGUGAGUCCACAGAAAAUAAUAGGACUUUCCUUAGCAAAUCGGUCAGGAAGGAGAGGAUGGAGUGUGAAGCUGAUGAACAAAAACAGGGCUCUGAUGAGAACAUGUCAGAAUGUGAAACCAGCAGUGUAUGUAGUAGCAGUGACACAGGUCUCUUCACCAAUGAUGAAGGUCGUCAAGGGGAUGAUGAACAGAGUGAUUGGUUCUAUGAAGGUGAAUGUGUCUCAGGAUUCACUGUCCCCAGUCUCCUCCCCAAGUGGGCACCUGAUCAUCGAUCUGAAGUAGAGAGGAUGGAUGCAGGACUAGACAAACUUUCAGAUUCCACAUUCCUUUUGCCCUCUCGUCCAGCUCAAAGAGGGUUCCAUGCACGCUUGAAUCGGCUCCCUGGAGCUGCUGCCCGAUGCCUCAGAAAAGGACGAAGAAGGCUUGUUGGAAAGGAGACCAGCAUGAGCACUUUAGGGACUGAGAGGGUAGGCCACAUAAUUAGUGACCCACGUCCGAAAGAAAAGAACAGAGCCUUGACUUCUGAUUUUCCCCACAUUCCUGCCUGUUCACAUGAGUUCAAUCCCCUUUCUCCCCUCUAUUCUCUGGAUGUUCUUGCUGAUGCCUCCCACCGAAGAUGCUUACCAGCACACUGUUCUGCCAGGUGGCUAUUGCUUUCAUCACAUGUAAAUCCCUUCAGACAGACCCGGUGUACUGCAUCACAUCAGAAGCAAAGUGGAGUGAGUGGUUUUGCCUUCAGCCUAGCUCUGCCAACAGUCAAAUGUACACUUGGGACCACCAUGUUCGAGGGACAUAAAGAGGAAACGGAAACCUAUGACCACAGCAUCUCUGUCCAGCCCAACUGCAGAAAACCUGACCAUGUAUUCAUCAGUCUUCACUUCCUUUCACUCCAGUAUCAGAAGAUGAGGUGUUUCUCUUCCAUUCCAAGUCUGACAUGUUCCAUACCCAGAAUCCCCCCUGUAUCAAAGAAGAGAGUAAUGAGAUACGUUUUCCUUAUGUUGUUCCUAGGGCUAAUUAUGCUUGCUAAAAUUAAAAUUUCUUUUUUGUUCUUUUCGUGUUCCCUUUUUUUUAUUCUUUCUGUUUACAUUGAGGUGGUCAUUGUGCAUAUUUGUUUCCUGUUUCCUGAACUCUACAUUAAUUCGUAUGAUGAGGUUUCUCUGUAUUCUGCAUAUUCAUCAUUUCUUACUGCAUUGUAAUAUUGUAUUAUGUUCAUACGCUAUAACUUGUUUAGUUAUUACCCAGUUGGUAGAUACCACUUUGUUUCUAGUUCUCUGCUACCACAAAAUGCGCUGCUUUGAAUAUUUUGAUGUGUAUGGGGCCUUUCUUUUUGUCAUUGACAACCAUAUGGUAUAUGCUUACCAGGGAGACAUUUGAAUGGUCCAGAACAUUUGGAACAAUUCAGGUAUGUCUCUAUGAACAUAUUAGUGUGCUUGUCUUCCCACGGUCUUGCUAACAUGACUAUCGUCAUCUUCUACCAUCUUUGCCAGUUUACUGCUCAUAAAGUGAAACCUGAUUUUGAUUUGCAUUUCUCUUACUGCGCUGGAGUAUCUUUCUCCAGUGACUUCUUUGCCAAAUGUGGUGGCAUUUUCUUAGUUAUUCUCCUUGAUCUUUUAUGUGCUACUUUGACAUCGUUGAGCACUUCACUCGUUCCUUCUUGAAGAGUCCUCUCUCCCUUAGCUGUUCAGUUAUUGCCCUCUCCUUGUUUUCUUCCUACAUGUUUGUUUUUUUUCUCAGUCGUCUUUGAUGGGAAUUCUUCUUUUGACUCCUAUCCUUAUUCCCAAAGCGUGGGUUCCCCCAAGCCUCUUGUCUGCCCUUACCCUUACU